UCCAGGUCUCCAGACACUAGACGGCGCCAUGUUCCCAGCAGCUCACCACUUCCGUGUUGUCUGAACUCUGACCCGUGAGCUUGUGUCUAUGCUCGGAUCUCAUUCGAGGAGGAUUUUGCGGGUUAGAAAAUGAAAGUAUUCCCUCACAUGAACGGACUGACACGUCUGUGUCGCUAGCUUAGCAUAAGCUGCACCCGGCCCUUAAUACGAUUUGCGGACUGGGCGGGUCACCCGGCUGCUGUCACAUAACAUGACCUACAUGUGUUGCUCGCUGUCGGGAUUUGUUAUGCUACAUAGCUAGCUGUCUAGUCGGCUAGCUAGCAGGCUAGCGCCGCUAACAGUGCUAACUAAAAAAAAAAAAAGCGUUGCUGUCAAGUGGGGAUAACAUCCGGCUUUAUGGUUAGAAAUCAGCGUAAAUCAGAUGAUCCGCGAUCAGUUCUUUCUCUGUGGCUCAUUACCAGUCCUCUGUCACAAUGCAUCCGUGGUCGGCUUUACCAAGUAACAACACAAGCCGCCUUGAAGUAGUUAGUUGGUGAUAACAGUGAGUUAGCUAACCUGAGUUAGCCAGGUUACAGCUCACCCUGUCUGUCCGGGAUAUUUAGAGCAGCUGGCGGUGUGAAGAGCGGUCUCGGGUAAAGCUAACCGGGGCAGUCGUCAGCUAGCCGGGCCAGCUAAGAUACCGUUUUUUACUGGCUUCAACGAGAUAACGUUUCAAGGCAACAAUGGCUAACGUUACAGACCUGCAAACAAAAUACAGCAAGCUGGCACAGGAGUACUCCAAGCUCCGUGCCCAGAACCAGGUGCUGAAGAAGGCAGUCGUGGAUGAACAAGCCAGCACCGUCUCCCUCAAGGAGCAACUGAAGCAGAGGGACCAGAGCCUGAGGAAGCAGGAGCAGGAGAUGGACAGCCUCAGCUUCAGGAACCAACAGCUGGCCAAGAGAGUGGAGCUGCUGCAGGAGGAGCUCGCUGUCAGUGAAGCCAAGAGCAAAAAGGGGAAGAGUAAAGUAGACUCUCCCUCACAGCAUGGCCUGGAGACCCAGAGUGUUUUUGACGAGGACCUCCAGAAAAAGAUCGAGGAAAACGAGCGGCUUCAUAUCCAAUUCUACGAGGCAGACGAGCAGCACAGGAGGCAGGAGGCCGAGCUGAGGGGGCGUCUGCAGGAGCUGGAGAAGGACUCGGAGCAGCACCAGACUGUCCUGGACGGACUCACCGCUAAGUACAUAGACACAAUCGAGCGGCUGCAGAGUGACAAAGCGCGCUUAGAGGUGAAAGCACAGACCCUGGAGAGGGAAGCAAAAGAGUGCAGAAUGCGAACAGAAGAGUGUCAGCAGCAGUUGAGACGGUGCCAGUCGGAGCUGAACAGACAGGUGAAACAAAGCAGCAGUGUUAUCCAGGAGAAAGUGCCCUUCAAUGACACCAAAUUUAGUGACUACAACAGCCUAAAUGUGCCGCCACACAAUCGAAGGCACCAGCUAAAAGCCCGGGACGUGGCAGGUCAGGCCUUGAGCUUCAUUCAGGACCUCGUGGCCGCACUCUUGAACUUCCACUCCUACACAGAACAGAGAGUGCACAUCUAUCCUCGGGACUCCUCCAUUGAGCCCAUCUCCCCUCUGAACCAGAAGUUUUCUCAGUAUCUACAUGAGAACGCAGCCUAUGUGCGCCCCCUGGAGGACAGCUUUCUGCAGUUACACCAAAGCAUCACAGAGGACACAGUCACAGUGCUGGAGACUGUGGUCAAGCUGAAGAGCUUCGCUGAUAAUUUCUCUUCGUACACCCACUUUCUGCAGAAGAUUCUUCCUUACCAGCUGAAAAGCUUGGAAGAAGAGUGCGAGGCGCCUCUUUGUACUGCUGUACUUACCGCGAAAAACCAGGAGCUGCAGGGAGACAUGAAGAGAGUAACUUCUGUGUUUGAGAAACUGCAGAGCUACAUUAACAUUUUGGCCUUACCUAGUGUUCGUCAGGAUGCCAUGCCACCGAGCAGCACCUCAGCUGUCUUCACCCAGCUGGCUGCCUGCCUACACAGUCUUCACGAUGCCAUUAAAGAGAUGUCAAAGCACUACAACCAGAAGGCUGGCUUAGAGCAGGAGCUCCCCACCAUCACCCAGAAGCUCUGUACCACCUCAGAGUGCCUGCUUGGGUCUUUGGGCUCGCUGACCAGCAGCACUGGCAAGAUUGCCACUUUCUUCAGCAACAACUUGGACUUCUUCACAUCACCAGGCUACAGUCCAAGAGGUGGCACAGUCACUCUCAACCCCUUGCAAGCAGAGAGCAUGCUGGCCAACAAAAAGAAAGCAGCUGCCUACAUGCACGCUAUCAAAAAGCCCAGGCCACAGUCCGUUCCAUACAGAGAAGCCCUGUCAAACCGUCGUAUACUCACCAGCUCCACGGAGAGCAGAGAAGGCCUCACUCAGCAGGUGCAGCAGAGCCAGGAGAAGAUCGCCCGGCUGGAGCAGGAGAAGGAGCACUGGCUCCUGGAGGCCCAGCUGGGGAAGGUGCGGUUGGAAAAGGAGAACCAGCGCAUUGCAGACCUGGAAGCGCAGCUCACGGCGGCUCUAGGAGGAAGUCCAAACUCGCAGGCAGCUGCAGCCAGCACGCUCGCACAGAGCCAUGAGGAGGCAGAGAAAGAGCUGCAGAAAGCUGUGGGGAAAGAGACGACGCUGUGCACCAGCCUGGUUGGCAUGUUGUGCACAACACCUACAGUUGAGCAUGUGGGAGACGAGGACUCCAGGGAGCAGCUGAUAAAGACUCACUACAUGGCACGAGUGGGAGAGCUCACCACCCAGCUGCAGAUUUCUGACAGCAAAGCUGUCCACUUUCACUCUGAGUGUCGAGCUUUGGCCAAGAGAUUAGCCAUCGCAGAAAAAUCGCGGGAGACUCUGAGUGAGGAGGUCAAACGUGCUAAUCAGAACAUCACGCGCUUGCAGGAUGAGCUGACUACGACGAAGAGGAGCUACGAAGACCAGUUGAGCAUGAUGAGCGACCACCUGUGUAGCAUGAAUGAGACUCUGAGCAAGCAGAGAGAGGAAAUCGACACGCUCAAACUAGGCAGCAAGGGAAAUGCCAAAAAGAACAAAGGACGCUAGUGCUGCCUUCAAUUCUCUGGCUCCAUUUGGCGUCCCAAGAGCACUUUGAGAGAAGAUCUGGUCUGUGGAGCCUCCCAGCAGCGUCCUGGUACCAACACCACCACUGUCAUCAAACCCCAGGACUGGCUACAUGAGCCCCAGAAUCCUCCACUGUCAGCCAGUGGCAAUACAAAAUGAACCGUACGAAAGCUUUGACAUUUUUGACUGAAUCCUUUUUCCCCCUUUUCCUUGUCACAGCACCAGUUAGAACAUUACAUGAUUUGCUCUAAAUGCUUUCUGAAGCAGUCGGAAGCAGCUGCUUGACCUUUUGGCUGAUGCAGGAUAUGGAAAGAAGCAGAUUUUCCUCAAACAGGACAGAGGAAGUUAAACUGAUGAUAAUGCUCACUGAAAUUAAGACUUGAAGACCAAACCCUGUUGACCAGUGUGUGUAUUUUUUCCUGCUGAGCGUAAGUGUGAGAGCAAAUGAAACUCACCGCUUAUCUGUGGGAGCAGGCCAGCAGAGCAAACGUUGGUGUGGCUGUAUGUGUGCAGAGUGUUGUCUCAUUUUGUGACUGUGGCACCGGGCUUUACAACAUGUGAGCGUUGUUUUACACUUAGAUUUUUUUAGAUCAAAUUUGGGAUUAUUUGUGCAAGUGGUUGAUUUAUGCUGUAUGUCUACAUACAGCAUAAAUCCCCCUGAUGUGUAUGUGUGUAUAUAUCACAAGCAUCUGUAAAGAAGGGCUUUAAAACCUGAAUGAACAACACACUUGAAUUCAUUCCUCAGUUCUGAAAAAGUCCUCUGGGAGUGGGGAAAAGAAAAGAAAAUGUCUGCCUUGAAGCACUGUGUUUACCUAGACGAAAACAUGUAGGACGGACAAGUCGGAGCUCGUGAUAUGGUGUCAGUCUGUCCCUGUGAAGUUACUCUCAGAAUAGUUGUUUUUAUCACCAAAGUUCAGUGUGGAUGUGCACCCAGAAGCCUGAUGUGGCACAACGGUCUUUUGAUUCAUGUUGUAACAUGUACGGACAAAAAAGGGUUAAUGUGAAUAGACACUUGUUUGAAAUCAUGAUAUAAUUGUACUGUAUAAUUUCUAAACAAAAUAUAUACAAAAAAGGCAUUUAUUCAGAGGUUACAAAUCUUUAUUUUCCACAAAAUGUGGGAAACUGAGUCUGCAGUUUUUCUUGUGAGUGUGUGUUUCUCCGAUAAUGAGGCUGGAUUACUGGGAAGUGUCGUAGAGGGGUUGGCCCAUAUUAUAACUGGAGCUCAGACACCCUGAAUCAUGAGUCAUGGCAGAGUGCAGUUAAAGUUUACAGUUAAAUAGAAGCUCUUUGGCUUGUAGUGACACGAGGUAAAUGAAAGAAAAAAAAAGCCCAGCAGUCGGUAUGAGCAGUUCAUUGAAACCCACUGUUUGCCAGUCGACACCUGCCAGCAAACCUUUUGACUACAAAGAUUUGCCAACGCCCCCGGAACUGAUUUUGAAAAAUCAAACAAACUAAAAACCACUUGUAUUCUCACAAUGUAACCUGUUCAAAAGCAUAUAUAAACAUGUGAAACACAAUAAAAAAAAAGCUUGUUGAACAUUUAAA